CUGGAAGGUGGGAAUGAAGACACGGUACGGGGGAAUAAACUUUGAGAUUUACUUCUGAAAAGUGGUAGCUAACGGUUGUGAUUUCAUUCCUGCAGGCUAGCCGAGGUUUCUCCCUAAAGGACAUGCUGCCUCUGACACAAGGACACCUUACGACAUUCUAGAACAGGUACUAAUGGAAGGCCCUUUGCAAACCUCCGUUCAUGUGUGCCACGAAAAUGGUCAAUGGAUGUCAAAAUUACCUGAAAAGCUCUGGGAUAUUCCCCUCUAUAACUUAUCUCUUCCAGGGAGUCAUGACACUAUGACGUACUGCUUGGAUAAAAACUCGGCCGUUAGUGGCAACGAAUCGAAGCUGGUGGAGCUUUUGAAUAAACUUAUGCCCUGCAUUGUACGCCCUAUCAUUAUGAAGUGGUCUAUAACACAGGUACUGACUGUGACGGAGCAACUUGAGGCCGGAGUUAGAUACUUGGAUUUUAGGAUUGCCCACAAAGCUAACGAUCCAUCAAUGAAUCUGUACUUCGUGCACAUGGUAUACACGACUGUUGUUGUACAGGAUAUUCUGUGGGAAGUGUUAAAGUGGCUGGAAACUCAUCCUCAGGAAGUUGUUAUCUUAGCCUGCAGGAAUUUUGACGGAUUAAACAAGAAACUUCACUGUCAUCUUAUUGCCUGUAUAAAAGAGAUUUUCCAGUGUAAGCUGUGUCCCAGAAAUGUGGUUCCGACACUGCGGACCAUGUGGCAGCAGGGCUACCAGGUCAUAGUCUCGUACGAAGAAGAUGUGGAGGUGGUGAAGCACUGCGAGCUGUGGCCUGCCAUCCCGUACUGGUGGGGGAACAGAACUUCCACUCACGCUCUCAUCCAGUAUCUGGAGCGCAUGAAGCGGAUGGGCCGACCAGAAAAAUUCUUUGUUGCGGGCAUUAACCUUACUGAAAAUUUAAGAUAUAUUCUUUUACACCCAUUCGGAUCACUGAAGGAUAUGACACUCCGAAGUCUUCCAUGCUUGAAAAUCUGGGUGAGGCAGCAGUAUCCAGGAGCACAAAAAGAAUGUAUUAACAUCAUUGCUGGAGACUUCAUAGGAAACGAUGAUUUUGUCAGAGAUGUGAUAGAACUUAACACAAAAAUUAAUCCUCCAUUAGACUGUCACAGCAAAGCAGCAGGAACAAGUAACAUUUCAUUCUCAGCUUUAUAAUCUUUGAAAAGCUGAAAAGACUACGUGCAUUGAGUGUUUCCUGGUUUAAACAUCCUGGACUACAUAAAGGUCCAGUUAACUUAAACCAGGGAUGUUUUAAAAACUCAUUAAGAGAAGUGCUCUCAAAAUCAUCAGGCUUUCAAAGCAUUUUCAUGAAAAAGGAGCCUGAAGAUCGUGAAGUCUCUAGAGAACUAUGCUGUGGGUCUAAUUUACCCAGACGUGCUUAGAUUCUGUAGCAGCUGGCAAUAUUGGAAGUCUCAAGAACUUAUUCCUAUUUUAUUUUACAUCCAAGUAAGAAG